ACCAACCUGGCGGGUGUUGGCAGCUACAAACGAGUACUCAACUUGUGCGGGUGUCUGCGCUCUCUACGACAAUCUUUGUCUCGACAGAGUGGCCUCUCCUUGCGUUGCGAAGAACUGGUAUGGAGUGAAGGAUAUAAUUAAAGAUGCUAUAGUACCCCGCGAAUGGGUACAUCAAUCAAUCAAGCAAUUACAGACAUAAAUAAGAAGAUCUUCGUUUAUAACUUAGCAGGUAGACUUCAUACGUAGAUCGUUUAACUUAGCAGGUAGACUUACGCAGAUCAAAUACAAUUUCGUAGUUGAAGAGAUAUAUUUCCUCUCUACAGAAGAAGUACUGAGAGUUCUAAUGGUUUCCUCUACAAUGGUGGCUGUACAAUGAGUACUGGUCGUCCUCUCUACUAGAAGAAGACUUUUUUAGUCAUCAAGUCUCCUUCUUCUUCAUACCCAUGAGACGCGUAUUUACACGAAGCGGAACAUACCGAAAAACGAAGUGGUCGCGACUGCAACUGGCAGUGGUGGCGAUGCUGGUGGUGGUGGUGCCAGUGGUGGUGUAGGAAAUGUCGCUGCUUCGUAUGGUGUCCCCAGAAGCGAGGACGGUAGCGCGUCAAGGAAUGGAACUUCGACAGAUUCAGAUUUUUAAGGAUGGCCACAUAUAAUACCCUAAAGGAUCGUUACCUAGAGUAUACCUUAUACCAUCUUGAUGCAAAGGAUGACAUCUUGGACGAAAAGUCUCGUCAUCUCACACGACCUCUAAGGAGAAGCUGGCACCAAAGACAAAACUGCGGAGGCCUCGGUGACUUAUGCAAGGCCACAGCUAUUCUGAUACUCACCACUUGAAUUGAGUCUGUAGCCCUACCCUGUAAGACAUUUUUGCAUGCACUGUUUGUGAAGAAGAUAGAGACGUAAGUUUAAGUUCUGUCCCUAUCUUCCUACAACAUCCUUAUGAUCGUAAAUCACAGCGCGGAUCACUUGUUCUAAUGCAAAGUCGCCUCUUCUUCGAAGCCGCUCGAGCGAUUCUUCCAAAGCAAAAUCGCCCUUUUUCUUGGCUCGCUCCUCAUGCUAGCGUUGGGAGCCUUGUUUGGGCGAGCACGAGCUCUUAUGUAGGAUAGAUACGGAGAGAAACGUGAUAAUAUGAUUGGAUCGUGGUUGAUUCUUUGAAAGCCGCGAUCAUCUUCUCUCAGAAAUAUUAUAAAAGUUUAGGGUUUAGGGUCUCAGAAAUGCUACUAGGUGAGUGAAGAUAGCUCUAAGAAGGAAAGGCGCGCUCCUGCAGCAAGUAGUGGACCAGAGCAAGAGACCCCAUCAGCAACAGACGAAGCUACUUCUACUGACGCACCUCCAGGAAAUACAAGUACUACAGCAGCAAUGAAUCAAGCAGGAGCACCACCAGUGAUUGAACCUCCACAGCAGUCAAACAACGAAACAACAACAGCGCCUCCAGGAGGUGUUCCAACAGAUGACAACGAGAAGUCAGCUAGUAAAGCCAGUAGUAGAAGUAGUGCUAAGCCUCCUGGGGAGGAUUUCCAUUCUGCUGGGGUUCCAGGAGCUUCAGACGGCGAUUUUGCCACUGCCGGAGAAGAGUCCGCUGCUGGGGCCGCCUCAGCAGUGUCUGCCUCAGAAGGAGAGAACAGUGAGGGCACUGCGCGACCCCGGCACUCACCUAGUGGCUCGGCAGAUGAAGAGCAGUAGGAGGAGGAGAAUAAGGAGGAGGAAGUCUGUAUUCUUGAUGAAGAGGGUGCUAGAUGUAGAAUAAAUUGAAUUUUGAGGACGUAAAUGAGCAAGACGACGACUCAUCUAUGUAAUAAAUAUGAUAAAUCAUUAUCAUAGAAGUACAGCAUAAGACUGAAUCUUUAAAAAUCAGCUACAUAACUAGUAUGAACUGCGCUAUUUACUUGUUGAGUCAAUCAGUGUCAAGCUAGUAUCCUUUCGUGGUGCAAUUAUGAUGAAUUUACGAAAUGAAGAUAUGCACGGAUUCAGAGAGCAGAUGGAAACAAGAAGAAUCACACCGGAACGGAAAUAGGGAAAUUGUUUGUCUUCAUCGAUUGCGCAUUGGCUCGCGAGCGAGAGA